UGAAGAUUGAUUUCACUUGUGUCAAUUCCUGACAAUGAAAAGUGCAUAAGGAAAAAUACAAUAGAUAGCUUGUGCUGAGUCUGCUACACUUUUUCUUGUUUCUUCAGCUUUAAUCUAUCAAUGAAAUAGUGGAAGAGCUUUAGAAAAAAAGAGAUAAGGGAUAAGAGAGAAGGGAAAAGGAUGAUGAGUACAUAGAAAGACGAUUUCACUUUAGAAAUAUUUUCUAAAUUUGAGUUUGGAAGGAGACUAAUGGAGGUAUUCUCAAGAUCAAUGCAUAGGGAAGAUGAUGAAACAGCUCUUAAAUGGGCAGCAUUGGAGAGACUUCCUACUUAUAGACGCUUAAGAACAAGUUUAUUGACAUCGUCUUGUGGUGAGGCCAAUGAAGUUGAAGUUGACAAAAUUGGGGUUCAAGAAAGGAAGAGUUUGAUGGAGAAGUUGGUGAGUGAUACAGAAGUUGACAAUGCAAAAUUCCUGUUGAAGUUGAAGAAACGCAUUGAUAGAGUUGGAAUUGAUAUUCCCACCAUCGAAGUAAGAUUUGAGGAUCUUAGAGUUGAAGCUGAAGCAUAUAUUGGAGAGAGAGCUUUGCCUACUAUCUUCAACUUCUUUGCCAACUUAAUGGAAGGGUUUUUGGCCUAUCUCCGCAUACUAUCAAGUAAAAAGAAACAGCUAACUAUCCUUCAUGACGUUAGUGGAAUCAUUAAGCCAAGCAGGAUGACACUGCUUUUAGGCCCUCCAGAUUCUGGAAAAACGACGCUUUUGUUGGCUCUGGCAGGGAGGCUUGCUUCUGAUCUGAAGGUCUCUGGGAAGGUGUCUUAUAAUGGCUAUAGUCUGAAUGAGUUUGUUCCACAAAGAACUGCUGCCUAUGUGAGCCAAAAUGAUGUCCAUCUUCCAGAAAUGACAGUAAGAGAAAUCUUGGCCUUUUCUGCAAGAUAUCAAGGGGUCGGAUCUCGUCAUGAGUUGCUGGCAGAGUUGAUAAGAAGAGAGAAGGAAGCAAACAUUCUCCCUGACCCGGAUAUUGAUGUGUUCAUGAAGGCAGCAUCACUAGAAGGCCAAAAGAGAAGCCUGAUCACAGAUUAUGUUCUGAAGGUGCUGGGACUAGAAACUUGUGCAGAUACCAGGGUUGGAGAUGAAAUGCUCAAAGGCAUUUCUGGAGGACAAAGGAAGCGUCUCACCACCGGUGAGAUAAUUUGUGGGUCUGCGAAUGUACUGUUCAUGGAUGACAUAUCUACAGGCCUAGAUAGUUCUACAACCUUUCAAGUUGUGAACUCAAUCAAGGAAUACAUUCACAUUUUCAAUGGAACUGCUGUUCUUUCCCUUCUUCAACCUGCACCAGAAACUUUUAAACUUUUUGAUGACAUCAUUCUCCUGUCUGAAGGUCAAAUUGUGUACCAAGGUCCUUGCCAGCAAGUCCUUGAAUUUUUUGAGUUCAUGGGCUUCAAAUGUCCUGAAAGGAAAGGAGUGGCAGACUAUUUGCAAGAAGUGACUUCAAGGAAAGAUCAGCAACAAUAUUGGGCAGAGAAGAAUACGCCUUAUGCAUAUAUCUCUGUUAAACAGUUUGCUGAAGCAUUCAAAUCCUUUCAUGUGGGAAGGAAACUAGGAGAGGAAUUAGCAGUUCCCUUUGACAAGAGCAAGUGCCACCCUGCUGUUUUGGCAACAAAAAAGUAUGGCAUGGGAUAUAAGCAACUUUGGAAGGCCUGUUUUGAUAGAGAAGUCUUGUUGAUGAAGCGUAACUCAUUUGUUCACAUCUUCAAGCUUGCCCAAAUUUCCCUGAUGUCAGUUAUUUCAAUGUCACUCUUCUUUCGAACGAAGAUGCCCAGAAACUCAGUAAAUGAUGGACAAAUUUAUAUGGGUGCUUUGUUUAAUGCACUGGUUGUUUGUAUGUUCAAUGGGAUGUCUGAGCUUCCAUUAACAAUUGGUAAGCUUCCUGUUUUCUACAAGCAAAGGGACCUCCUUUUCUUCCCAGCUUGGGCAUAUGCUCUUCCAGCUACCAUUCUAAAAAUCCCUGUCUCCUUUGUGGAAGUCGCCCUUUGGGUUUUUAUCUCAUAUUAUGUUACUGGCUACGAUCCAAGUGUGGAAAGGUUUCUUAAACAGUACCUUGUUUUAGUUCUUGCCAACCAAUUGGCUUCUGCACUGUUCCGAUUAAUUGGAGCUCUUUCUAGAAGCUUAGUAGUUUCAAGCACAUUCGGUUCAUUUGUUCUGUUGAUACUCUAUGGAAAUGAUGGUUAUAUUCUAUCAAGACAUAAUAUGAAAAAGUGGUGGACAUGGGCUUACUGGAUAUCACCUAUGAUGUAUGGUCAGAAUUCGUUGGCAGUGAACGAAUUCCGAGGAAAAAGUUGGGAUCAAGUUGUCCCUACUGGGGAAACUCUAGGAGUUUUGAUCUUGAAGGUUCAUGGCUUCUUCCAAUCAGAUUAUUGGUAUUGGAUUGGAGUGGGUGCAAUGGUUGGAUUCAUUUUUCUAUUUAACUUUGGCUAUGUCUUAGCCCUCACUUAUCUCAACCCACUCAACAAGCCUCAGACCGCGAAACCACAAGUCUCAGAGAGCAAUGAGAAAGAGUUUGAGAUCAGAAACAACCCGUCUUGGAAAAAUAUUGCAGCUAAUGAAAGUGAAAGUAUGAGAGUUUCGACCCAAGGGUGGAAUGAAGCAACUAGCAAGGCUACUUGUAAUAAGAGAAAAGAAGUUGUUCUUCCAUUUAAACAGUAUGUGCUCACUUUUGAUGAGAUUGUAUACUCGGUUGAUAUGCCGCAGGAAAUGAAGAAGCAAGGUAUCAUAGAAGAUAAACUAGUGCUUUUGAAGGGUGUGAGUGGUGCUUUUAAGCCUGGUGUUCUCACAGCUUUGAUGGGCGUGAGCGGAGCGGGAAAAACAACUUUGAUGGAUGUACUAGCUGGGAGAAAAACUGGUGGAUAUAUCGAGGGAAUCAUCAAAGUUUCUGGCUACACAAAAAAGCAAGAAACUUUUACUCGAAUUUCUGGUUAUUGUGAACAAAACGACAUCCAUUCUCCUCAUGUUACUGUUUAUGAGUCUCUGCUCUACUCGGCAUGGCUACGUCUUGGCUCUGAUGUGAGCAAAGAAACAAGAAAGAUGUUUGUAGAAGAAAUCAUGGAGCUGGUUGAACUCGACACAUUGAGGCAAGCAGUAGUCGGAUUGCCAGGUGUAAAUGGUCUCUCAACCGAGCAGCGCAAAAGGUUGACAAUAGCUGUAGAGUUGGUGGCAAACCCUUCCAUAAUAUUUCUUGAUGAGCCAACUUCAGGACUCGAUGCAAGAGCUGCUGCAAUAGUUAUGCGGACAGUUCGGAACACUGUCGAUACAGGACGAACAGUUGUGUGCACAAUCCAUCAACCAAGCAUCGACAUAUUUGAAUCCUUUGAUGAGCUAUUGCUAUUGAAGCAAGGAGGAGUGUCUAUAUAUGUUGGACCACUUGGUCAUCAUUCUUGCCAUUUGAUCAAAUAUUUUGAGGGAAUCGAGGGUAUGAGGAGGAUAAAAGAGGGUCAAAAUCCAGCAACUUGGAUGUUAGAAGUGACCUCCUCAACUCAUGAAAUGGCAUUGAGGGUUGAUUUUGCUGAUCUAUUCAAAAAAUCUGAACUCUAUAGAAGAAAUAAGGAACAAAUCAAAGAACUGAGCCAACCUCCCCCUGCUUCUAAUGAUAUCCAUUUUCAAACCAAAUACUCCCAGCCUUCUUGGAACCAAUUCUUGGCUUGCUUAUGGAAGCAACAUUUGUCGUAUUGGCGUAAUCCAUCAUACAUUGCAACCAGAUUUCUGUUCACUUUCGGGUCAUCGUUGAUACUCGGGACAAUGUUUUGGAACCUAGGCUCCAAGAGAACAACAUACAUAAAUAUGUUUAAUUCGAUUGGUGCAAUGUAUACGGCUUCACUUUUCCUUGGUAUACAAAAUGCUGGAGCCAUACAACCGGUCGUCUCCAUCGAGCGAACUGUCUACUAUAGAGAAAGAGCUGCAGGAUUGUAUUCAGCCUUUCCAUAUGCCUUUGCUCAGGUUACAAUUGAGCUUCCAUAUACUUUUUCACAAUCUUUGAUAUAUUGCAUCAUAGUAUAUGCAAUGAUGGCAUUUGAAUGGUCUUUUGCUAAGGUUCUUUGGUUUUUCUUCUUCAUGUACUUCACUUUCCUCUACUUUACCUACUAUGGCAUGAUGGGGAUCGCUGCCACGCCAAGUUACCAUUUCAGUUUGAUUAUUUCGACUGCAUUUUACGGGAUGUGGAACCUCUUUUGUGGCUUUCUCAUCCCUAGAACAAGGAUUCCUGUGUGGUGGAGAUGGUUCUAUUGGACUUGUCCAUUGUCAUGGACGUUGUAUGGAUUAAUAGCUUCACAAUUUGGAGAUAUAGAGGAGAAAAUGGAUACAGGGGAGACUGUUAAGGAGUUUAUAAGAGAAUUCUUUGGUUUUAGACAUGAUUUUCUUGGAGUUGUUGCUGCUGUUAUUGUUGGCCUUGCUGUUUUCUUUGCACUCACAUUUGCCAUUUGUAUCAAAAUCUUCAAUUUCCAAAAGAGAUAAACUUUGAUUUCUCUUUCUUCUUGGUUUUUGAUGUCUUAGUGUUGUAUAAAAGAGAAUUCUAACUCCUUGAUGUAGUAGUCCGCCAACAUAAACUAUAAGAUGUUCACCACUAAAAAAA